CUCAAGGCAACUGGGAAAAGCUGGCACACUGGAGACUCAGAGAGCUUUCUUGCAGUCUGUAAGUGUUCGACAUAAACUUCACCUCACUUCGGGCAGGCUUAAGACAGCCAUUGCCUGCAAACAUGGCACCAUACCCCAGCGCUCACGCUGUGGCGGGCGAGGCGAGGUCCCCCCAUCUCCCACACUGUAUAUUCAGUCGAGUCUUACAGGUUUUUAUUUCACACUUCCCAAAUGACUGUGCACUGCACGACCCCAAGGCCUCCGUGACAUACGGGACUCGGCGAGCGCUGCCCGCCCGCUGCCGCCAAGGGCUGGCACACCCGAGGCUCGCCGCGUUUCGUCACCUCCCACACACGGGGCCCGGCCGGGGCCGCGCUCCGCCGCCGCCAGCCCUCCGCCGGGGCCCGAGCUGCGGUGAGGAGGCGGGCGGCUUCCUGCGAAGUCCGCCCCAGCUGCCAGAGCACCGCGCCCGCAGCCCCAGGUGCAAACCCCUCACCGGCGAAAGCCAAACCCCCGCGCCCGCCGCCCCCCCGACCACCCUCCGCAGGCCCGGCGCGGGGGAGGGGCAGGCCCGCCGCCGCUACUGCGCAUGCCCGCCCGCCCGCCGCGCCGCCAGCCAGGGCCCGGGCCCGCGCCCCGCUGCGCCUGCGUCGCGCUGCCCGGCGCCCGGCGGGGGGAGGGGCCGCGCUCCCGCCCGGUUCUGCUCCGGCGGCGCGCUCGGCCCGGGCGCGGAGGGACGGGGAGGGGGCAGCAAUGGCGAGUCUGAUCCCCGCGGCGGCCUCUUCUCCCGCCGGCGCCCCGCCCCGCAGCAAGAAGCGGCCGGCGAGCCCAGGCACCGGCAGCGGCCCUGCCAAGAAAAAGAAAGCGACGGCGCCGGGUGGCUCGCAGAGUGCAGGUGGGGAGGCCAUGAAUGAAAACAAAUUUCUGAACACAGACUCUAACACAGGAUCAGUGGAAACUGCUGUCAAGCCAUUGCCGUUUAAAGAUCCAAACUUCAUCCACUCUGGCAUUGGUGGAGCAGCAGCUGGCAAGAAGAACAGAACUUGGAAGAACCUAAAACAAAUUCUUGCUUCUGAAAGGGCAUUGCCAUGGCAACUAAAUGAUCCUAGCUAUUUUAAUAUUGAUGCUCCUCCUUCCUUUAAGCCUGCCAAGAAAUAUUCGGACAUUUCAGGACUUCCGUUUUUGUUUUUUUUGUUCUUAAUUUCCAUCCUCUAAUUGCAUCGUGAGUCAAGUUUCCUAUUUUACCUGGCCUGCAAGGUUUCUCCAGACUAUGAUAAAAAUGCUGUUUAAAAAAAAUCUUUUUUAUUAAGGUAACUGAGACAGCGUGUCCUUUACAUUGCAAUGCUAGAAAUGUUUCAUAAGAAGUACUAAAUAUAUUUUCAAAAUAAUUUCCUAGUUAGUAGGAAGGUAUCUGGGCUAAUAGAAUAUUUUAGAAAUCUAGUGCAAGAAGCAUGUCCCUGUAUUUUCUAUGUAAAAUCUGAAAGCAUUUGUGUAAGAAUAUAUUUUCUGUGGGAAUGCUGGAUUCCCUGGGGCCGGGGGCGGGGGGGGGGGGGGAAGUAAAAUAAAUUCCUUAGCAUUACCCAUUUGGGGAAGAAUUAAAUGGUCUAGCAGGUACAAAAAUAAAGAGAAGUGUAUUAAACCACUCUCAUCAGUACUCUCAUCAGUAUACCUGCAGUUAUAUGAAAUGCCACAAUUAUAUUCUACUGAUCCUCUUCUCUUUCUGUAUGUAAAACAAAUGGAAUUAAUUUCACCAAUGGUCUAAGCAGAGCAGCCAAUUUAAAUUUGUAAGGCAGCCUAGAAUUCAAAAGCUAUUAUCUACUGUAUUGACACUGCAAAAUAAAAUUAUUCUUUCUAAACUUGCAAGAUGACUAUUCCGAUACUCUAAUAUGCAAACCAGUAAUUCAUUGUAAAGCAGAUUUAAAAAAAACCCCAAACCUUCAAAUGUUUAUAUUUCCCUUCAUUUUCUGAAAAUGCAUCAGCCUUGUUACUAUAGAAACAGAUUGAGAUAACUAAUUCAUUGUAUUUGAAGAGGAUGUAUCUGUGGCCUUUGACUUAGUUUCUAAACAUGACAGAGUUUUUUCUUUGCAAAAUCACUUUACUUCACUUUUCUAAUCUGUUUUAAUUAUUGCUGAAGUAGCAGUGAAGUUUGUUUUCACACUGAAGUCAUGGCAUAAAUGAGUAGCUACCAUACAUUAGUGACUGCAAAUAGUACAGCCCAAUACAAAGUAUCAGAAUGGUGAAGAACUGCCAUAAUGUUUUUAACCUAGACUGGUGUGCGAUACAAAUUGCAGAUGUUGCUUGCCUAGCUUAUUACAGAAUCAUGUACAUUGAAAAGCAGUCUACUUGAUUAGCUUUUUCUUACACGAGGCCAGAUUUUUGAAAUAGAAGUAGAAAUACAUUUAUAGCUGCUGCAACCGUGAAGUUAGCACCAAGGAUAAAUUUACUCCUAAUGUCCUAACUUUGCAAUUUGUUUGAAAAUUAAUUGAAAAUUAGCUGACUACAUUUAAUUAACCUUCUGGCAUUUCUUUGUAAAAAGAGAAGCUACAAAUAACACUUAAUUUUCUGCUAAGUCUUAUCAAGCCAGGUGAUUAACUGGAUUGUUACCAUGGUCAACAGAUCCUUUCCAACAUAAAAAUGGUAGAGGGCUCUGCACUUCAACAGUGUGGAUGGGAGGAAUGCUCCGGCUUUUCCUGGCCUUUUCUUUCUUAGUUGCAAUGUCUUGAGGGAUCUCAACUGCCUGGUCCUUGCCAGCCACCAUCUCCUGUUAAAGAAAGGUACAUAAGACACUUUCAGAGCCUUGGCAGACAUUUGGUAAUCCAAUGCUGAACAGGCAGUGAUUGUCCUGGAGGCUGAAAGUGGAGAUGCGAUACCCUGAAGCCUGUCUUCUUCCAGCCCAGCCUCCUGCACUGCCCACAAGCUCAUCUGAGCUCAAGGUUUCUGUAGCAACGGGGAAGGGGAGAGGACAGAAGGAAACUGGCACUGCUCCCAGGCACCCAGGGUCCAAAUAUAGCAGAGGACACAAGCGUAGCCCAGGGUUAGCUGGCCAGGCUGCUAGCCUGAAAACAGGCAUCUGUAGCAAAGCACAAUGCUGAGUUCAAAUUUCUUAUCAGUUCAGUCACAGAACCAUAAGCUGAAACUCCCUUGCUUUAACAACCACUUAAAAGUAAAUUAAAAGCUAAGUUGUACGCAGGAAGAGAAAAUCGGUCCAAAGCUAUCAGAGCACCCAUAAUUCAGCCUCUUUGUGGGUAAUUUAUUGGCAGCAGCCUGACUCUUUGGAGAGCUGCCUUGAGAGAGACUGCACAAGGCACAGAGUUGCUAGGGUGAGUUUAGAGAGUUGAGGAAUUUCUUUUGCACUGUGUUUUUUAUGAAACUAUUUCAGCCCUCUGUUAUGUUUAAUGCAUUUCUAAUGUGAUUUUAUAGGGGUCUGUUAACUUCUCCUAAGUUCUGACACAAGGAGAAAGAAAAAAUACACACUCUUGGUCCCGUGGUAGAACAGUAGUGCUGUUACUGGAAA